UUUACUCAGGCUCUCACACUCCAAACAUACAACUCUAAGAUAAAACAUAAGUAUUACUUAGUUUUAUCGCCAAAAAUCCUGUCAAAGAAAUGGCCACCCCAUCUGUUCAAGAAAUCCGUGAUGCUCAAAGAUCCAAUGGUCCAGCCACCAUACUAGCCAUUGGAACUGCCAACCCCGCCAAUGAAAUGUACCAAGCUGAGUAUCCGGAUUUUUACUUCCGAGUUACCAAGAGCGAGCACAUGAAAGAACUUAAACAAAAAUUUAAGCGCAUGUGUGACAAUUCGAUGAUCAAGAAGCGUUACAUGCAUGUAACAGAGGAGUUGCUAGAAGAGAACCCACACUUGUGCGACUUUAACGCCUCAUCGUUGGAUACUCGUCAAGACAUUCUCGCAACUGAAGUGCCAAAACUCGGAAAAGAGGCAGCUGUUAAGGCCAUCAAAGAAUGGGGGCAACCAAAGUCUAAGAUCACCCACGUAAUCUUUUGCACCACUUCUGGUGUAGACAUGCCUGGAGCUGAUUACCAACUUACUAAAUUACUUGGCCUUCGACCCUCCGUGAAGCGAUUUAUGCUUUACCAACAAGGCUGCUAUGCUGGUGGUACCGUCCUUCGUUUAGCGAAAGACAUCGCCGAGAACAACCGAGGAGCCCGUGUGUUGGUUGUGUGUGCUGAGAUCACAAUCAUCUGCUUCCGUGGGCCUACUCAAAUCCACUUAGACUCCAUGGUUGGUCAGGCACUUUUUGGUGAUGGAGCUGGAGCUGUGAUCGUAGGUGCUGAUCCAGAUGAGUCCAUUGAGCGACCCAUCUUCCAACUGGUGUGGGCCGCUCAAACUAUACUCCCCGGCUCAGAAGGUGCCAUCGAUGGGCACCUUCGAGAAGUCGGACUUACUUUCCACUUAUUAAAGGAUGUACCAGGUCUUAUCUCUAAGAAUAUUGAGAAGGCCUUGGUUGAGGCAUUCCAACCUAUUGGAAUCAAUGAUUGGAACUCCAUUUUUUGGGUGGCUCACCCUGGUGGUCGAGCGAUUCUAGACGAAGUCGAAUCGAAGCUUGGGCUUAAGGAGGAUAAACUUAAAACAACUCGACAUGUACUUAGCGAGUAUGGAAAUAUGUCGAGUGCUUGUGUAUUGUUUAUCUUGGAUGAGAUGAGGAAGAGGGCAACGAAGGAAGGAAUGGCUACCACAGGAGAAGGAUUAGAAUGGGGUGUUUUGUUUGGAUUUGGACCUGGCUUGACGGUUGAGACUGUUAUGCUCCAUAGCGUACCUAUAGCCAACUAAAUGAUGCUCUAGCUAAUAAUUUCAGCAAAAGAAGUUCAUUAACAUCUCAUGUUAAUUGUUAUGCUUACUUAAUAUCUAAAAGUUGAUGUCAGUCCUAGGCUCUUACCUUGCAAAAAAUAUCAUGUACUUUUGUAAUUUUGAUAAUACUGGUUGUUUGAUCGCCUCUCCCAAAGUUACUAUAACUAGUGAGUUUAAGGACUUAAACUGUCGCAAUAAUGUAUAAUAAUGUAUUGUUAUGUUAUGUUCUCUUGAGCAAUAAUAUUCUAGAAGAAAUUUCCUCUUAAA